AUGAUACUAAAAAAAUUAGAUGUAUUAGGAGAGCUUCAGUAUAUAUUAAAUGAAGAAUUACAAUCGAAAAAUGAACAAAAACCAUUUAAUGAACCUGCCGCUGAGUCACAGGAACAGAAUAGUGUGUCGAAAGAUGCUGCUAUUGCCAACUCGGAAGAACAAAAGAACAAUGACAAAACUCCAAAACUUCAGCCAGAUCAAGCUAAACCAGAAGAGCAGAAAUAUGACGAACAAAAUCCGGAGGAUGACGUGAAAGAAGAGGAUGUUGAAAAACGGAGAUACGAUGAGCAAAAUCUUGAAGCUGGAGUUCAACAGGAUUUGGUGUCUAAAAUCUUACAGCAAACACUCAACGGACCGACUUUAACUGAAAUUAUUGAAAUUGAACCUGAUUCUGAAACGAUGAAAAUUUUAAACAAGAAUAAGCCACAAGAACAACAGACGAAGACAACGCAAAUCCCUAGUUGGGAAGACAAGUACUUGCCGUUAGCAAAAUACCCAGUACCAAAACCUCCUACAUUUUCCACGAAGAUAUCUGUACCACCUCUUCCUAUUUCACUGUCUUCGAUACGUUCUCUGAAGAUAAACUGGCCUUAUCAAAUCCCAACUAUUUUUAAACCUCCCAGAAUUGUAUACCUUGGUCAUAUCUAA